CUUUCGGGAUCUGCAGUCCCAGCGAGGGCGAGAGGCGGGCGGGCGGGAGCGGCGCAGACUCCGCUUCCCGUCGGGCCGCGCGGCCCCAUUGUGGCUACGCUCGCACCCCAUUGGCUGGCGGCCGGAGCCGGGCCUCGCUCCCCGCCCGCUGACACAAAGCGAAUCCAAGAUGGCGGAUGCGGGCGCGGGGAGCCUGCACGGGGGGGACGCGGCGCUGCCGUGCCCGCCCGAGGAGCAGGAGCUGAGCCAGCGCCUCCGCCGCCUGUACCCCGCCGUCAACCAGGAGGAGACGCCGCUGCCGCGGUCCUGGAGCCCCAAGGACAAGUACAACUACAUCGGCCUCUCGCAGGGCAACCUGCGCGUCCACUACAAAGGUCACGGUAAAAAUCACAAAGAUGCUGCCUCGGUCAGGGCUACGCACCCUAUACCUGCAGCCUGUGGCAUUUAUUACUUUGAAGUGAAGAUCGUCAGUAAAGGUAGAGAUGGGUACAUGGGAAUAGGACUUUCUGCUCAAGGGGUCAACAUGAACAGGCUUCCUGGAUGGGAUAAACAUUCUUAUGGGUACCACGGUGAUGACGGGCACUCCUUCUGUUCUUCAGGGACAGGACAGCCCUAUGGGCCUACAUUCACCACUGGAGAUGUGAUCGGCUGCUGUGUUAACCUUAUCAACAAUACGUGCUUUUACACAAAAAAUGGCCACAGUUUAGGUAUAGCCUUUACAGACCUCCCUUCCAAUCUCUACCCUACAGUGGGUCUCCAGACUCCAGGAGAGAUAGUCGAUGCCAACUUUGGGCAGCAGCCAUUUGUGUUCGACAUUGAGGACUACAUGAGGGAGUGGCGAGCGAAGAUUCAGAGCACCAUUAAGCGGUUUCCCAUAGGAGACAGACUAGGCGAGUGGCAAGCCAUGCUGCAGAAUAUGGUUUCGUCGUAUUUGGUUCAUCAUGGGUACUGUUCAACAGCAACUGCCUUUGCCAGAGUCACAGACACCACAAUCCAGGAAGAACAGACCUCAAUAAAGAAUAGACAAAGAAUACAGAAGCUAGUAUUAGCAGGCAGAGUGGGAGAGGCUAUAGAAGCCACCCAGCAGCUCUAUCCUGGCCUCCUAGAACAUAACCCCAACCUGCUCUUCAUGUUAAAGUGUCGGCAGUUUGUGGAGAUGGUGAAUGGGACAGACAGUGAAGUACGUUGUUUCAGCGCCCGCAGCCCCAGAUCCCAGGACAGUUACCCCGGGUCCCCCAGCUUAAGUCCUAGACAUGGAUCAAGCAACUCACACGUUCAUAGUACCGGAGCAGAUAGUCCAACCUGUAGCAAUGGAGUCAUGUCCACAAAAAGCAAACAGAGUCACAGUAAAUAUCCAACACUGAGUUCAUCAUCUUCAUCUUCCUCCUCCUCCUCCCCCUCAUCUGUGAACUACUCUGAGUCCAAUUCUACAGAUUCUACCAAAUCUCAGCAGCACAGUAGUACGAGUAACCAAGAAACCAGUGACAGCGAGAUGGAAAUGGAAGCUGAGCAUUACCCCAACGGAGUCCUGGAAAAUUCAUCCACCAGGAUAAUGAAUGGCACCUACAAACAUGAAGAGAUCCUGCAGACAGAUGAAUCCAGCAUGGAAGACAGCUGCCCUCAGAGGCAGCUCUGUGGAGGGAACCAUGCUGCCACAGAGCGAAUGAUCCAAUUUGGACGGGAGCUGCAGAUGCUGAGCGAGCAGCUUUGCAGAGAAUAUGGGAAGAACACAGUGCACAAAAAGAUGCUUCAGGAUGCAUUUAGCUUGUUAGCUUACUCAGACCCUUGGAACUGCCCCGUUGGUCAACAGCUGGACCCGAUCCAGAGGGAACCUGUGUGUGCUGCUCUUAAUAGUGCUAUAUUGGAAUCUCAGAACCUGCCAAAGCAGCCCCCGCUGAUGCUUGCCCUGGGCCAGGCCUCGGAGUGUUUGCGGCUCAUGGCUCGCGUGGGCUUGGGCUCCUGCUCCUUUGCCAGAGUAGACGACUAUUUGCACUAGCCACCAGAGCAAGAUGGAGUUGACAUCGUUGAGUGCUGCCCUUCACCCUCUGUUGCUGCCACUCUACACCACCACCUCAUUCGAUAGCCUGACCUUCUUGCCACCAACACCCCCUCUAGCACACACACACACAGCGCCUGUGAAAGGAUUGAGUGAGUCCCUCACUGUGUGGCUAUUCCUGACCCCAGGAACGACUGGCAGAUCUUACCUGUCUCCCUGCCAUUGCUGCAGCUCCAGCGGCACUCAGUAUUUCGCUGGUUAUUCUAAUGUAGCGCCUUCCGAUGUAGGGAUUUCUCUUUAUUUUGAUUUGAGUUGUUUCUCAUGGAUCCACCAAUAUUUUAUCUGGAGAGUUUUGCUGAGCUGGUUUAUGCUGAUUUACUGAGGAAGCUCAUCAAGUUGGUGACAGCUUGUUCUUUUCUUCCCUUCUCCCUCCAUCAUGCACAUACAGCAUCAUCUUCUGUGCUAGUUAUCUGAACUCUUCUUGCAGUGGCAGUUCAGAGGGAUUUUUUUUUUAUUUUAUUUGAAUCCUGUUUAUUAAAAAGGUCUCUUCCACCUCCACAAAGUCAUUGAUGUAUUUAUUGCCCACAGACUCGGUCCCAGCCAUGCACAUCAUACAACCCUGCAGGAGACCUGGUGAGGUAGGUCCUGUCACGCACUAAUGAUGGGAGUUAGAGGAGCUUGGUCCUUCAUGGUGCAUGCCUCUCUUCAGAGUACAAGGCUCUCAAAUGCUUGUCUUUGUGAGUGCGAAGAGAAGAAGACUUGACAUUGCCUAUGUUAGUGGCUGCACUGUAGAAGCAUCUAGCAGCCCUGAGAAAUAGGUAAAUCCAGCUCUCACAGGAGCUAGAGGGACAGGACUGACAAAUAUGAAGUCAUCUACCACUGUAUUGGUAGAAGCAGGUGAUGUUAGCCUGCAAGAAAUAUCCGUGGGUGCUGCCCGGUUGGGCUGUCAGUUUUUGUGUUAAAUCACAAAUGCCCCUUUUUCUCCAUAUAAGAGGGCUCUGUCACUAAGACUCAAAAAUAGUAAUAUUUACUGACCCCCUCCAGGUAACACUGAUCUAAAUGAGCACUUCUAAAUUUUGGAAGUGUCUUGAGAACACUAGUGUGAACUGUGCUCACCCCUGCAGGUGGCACAUGCCAAGAUCAAGUUGCAGGUUAAGGUCAGUACUAGCUUUGUAAGGUCUGAGCCAGUCAGAAGGGUGCAGCAAUGUUUCUUUAAGGAUUACUAAGAAAAUUAUUUUAGUUUCAGGCCCAAAAGUGACCAGCAAGGAUCUGUGGGUGAGUAACCUCCAAGUAAGAUGGACUAAUGUGUCCCUGCUACAAUGUGUAUCAGGCCCAGGGACUCAAGUGCUGCUAAGCUUUUGGCAUUCAAACCAUCUGCCUGUAAGUGUUUCUGAGUGUGUACUCUUAACUGGUGAGGCUGUGUAGCAGGACCACAUGCUUUGCAUCCUCUGGUGUACCAUUAGGAGACUUCAGGUUCAGUCUGGCUGCAUGGGAGGAAUUGUAAUUCUGCACCAAAUGAAUUUUAGGUCAGUAGCUCUGAGGAGGGCCCAGGGGAGCUCAGACCCAACAUGUAUUUUACUGCUGUUCAUGAAUAAUUUUUUUUUUUGGAAGGGUCAAUGAAAGAAGAACAGAUUGUAUUGAAGUUUGCCCUUAAAAUGGAGGUUAGCCUGUGCCAGGGCUUCGAGGAGCAAGAGAGCUUGUGUGCCACUGAAGAAAGGAAGGUGUUGUGUGACCUCUGUGCAGUAGCCCAGAGCCUUAAGGAUUUUCUGCAUUUGCAGGCUUGAUUUGCAGCUGGAACAUGAUGUCUGAAAUCAGGGCAGAGUAGGGGGGCAUGUGUCCCCCGGACUGCAGAAGACGACUGUGGCAGUGAAGGCACAGAUGGUGUUGGAGGUGGUUGGGAACACCUAUCGCUACCUUUUGGUGAAGGUACACAAUGUGUAGAGGCAGUCCUAGAGCCAUGGUGGCCUAAGAAAACAGGCAACACGAGGUUUAGAGAUGGAGGAGAUAUUUUUAUUAGAUCAACUCGUAUAGUUGAAAAAAGCAGAGGGAACUCUGCUUGUUGUCCUAGCAAUGGAUAUUACCUCAGGCUGCAGUCCUUACCUCGCUGCAAUUCCAGAGACGCUUUAACUCGGUGGGCAGGCUUGCUUUCUGAAGCCUCUUGAUGCCGGACCUGCCAGGCUGCCCAGCCUAACCCAUCGUGCCCCAGUGCUGUUGCUGAACCUGAGGCAGCAUGUGAACUUGGCCUGGUGAGAGAUUCUUCUGCAGGCUCUCUGUUUCUUAGACCCAGGCUUAUGGCACACUGAUGGGCUGAUUGUGGGUGCUUAGGUUGGAAAUACCCUAGUACCUGGCUUUGCCUUUCACAUUUGGCAACUUUCUCUGCUGUUGGUCACCAUUUAGCUUGCUGCUGUCUGACUGCAGUUGGACCUCUCUCUCAUCUUUGUAGCAACACCAUCUUUAUCUCUGAGGUUUUUUUUGUUCGUUCUCUUUGUGGUUCUUUUAAGCCAAGUCUCUUUGUCAUGUGUCAUAUUAAUGCCCAACUUGGAGUCUCAGCAAAGCUGUGCUGACUAUCCUAGAGCAUUUUUUUUGUUUUGGUUUCCCUUUCACUAUAAAAAAGCCCAUGCAGUGCUCCUAGAUACCUGGUUAUUCUGGUGCCAAGAAAUGUGUGAUGGGAUGGUCUCUCUGGCUUCUCAUGGAGAGAGACCUGUGGUAGAAAUCAUCUUGCUGUUCUGUACGUUGUUAGUGCUGAGAGGCCACACUCUUGAUGAUUAAUUGUGAGUCACUCUCUGACACUGACGAUGUGCAUCACAUAGUGGCAGUAGAUCCCAGUAGACUAGACAGCAGUGAUGCUGUCCACUUCUUGCACUCAAACCAAUAGUACUAGCUUGAGUUGUUUUUCUCUUUGCACUUGUUCCAGUUCCUAACUGGCCUCACAGCUGUAACUGACACCCAUCGCUGCUUCCAGCUUCUUGCCAGCUCUUGUACCUGGUGUCCUGAUUCUGUUUUUUGAGGAGUGCAAAGGCUUUUCUGCUGUGACGUAUCUGUCCCAUACCUGUUACUUGGGGGUUUUUUUGUUUCAAGUGUUCUUGCGGUUUCACUAGGGGUUUCUGCUUGUUGUGCUCAGUCCUGACUAACAUGGCCAUGACUCAGUGUGGGGAAGGUGAGUGUGUUUGCGGUGUGUGGUGGGGCAUAGGUGUAGGCUUCAACCUACCACGGAUUGCUAGAUGAGAUUUCUGACUUGGUUUUCCCGGGUAAUUUUUCAAAGCCUCUUGGUGUUUGAGUGUCCUUGGCUGCUCCUUGAUGGUUCAUGUCAGCUGAGACUUGGUUUGAAUUGUUGCAGUCUUUUUAAAAAGUGAACAGAACUAAACUGAAUUGAGGUCUUUAACUUUGAGUGUGGUUGUACACCACCAGAGGCUACGUGCAGUUUAAAAAUUACUUUUAUAAAAGUGAUUUGGGAUUUGUUAUUCUAAGUGCCUCAUGCUUUGCUCAGAAACAGAUGAACUAAGAACACCCCAGCUGAGACUCUGCUUCAUCUGGGCAGUCCCUCACAGUGUCACUUCUCCCAAGAGUCCUUCAGUAAAGCCGUGUAAAUGAUUGUGUAGCCUGUAGUAGAAACUGCUGGCUUCCCAUUUCUUGGUGAGGGUGACAAGGUCUCAGCUAUGUCCCUGUGUUACAAUGCUGAUGGCAUUGGAUAUACGGCUUCCAUCACAUGAGAUUGACACGUAGGUUGCUCUCUGCUGGGCUGACUUUAGAUCCUAGAAGAAGGUUUUCCAAACCACAGCCAGACACUGCUCACAGGCAACAUUUCUCACCAUGCAGCCCCAAGAGAGGCUUUCUAGCUGUGGCAUCCUUCCCCAGACACGUGAAAUGCUGCAGCUGUAACAACUAAACCUCUUCCAGCUCUGCCAUGUCUGCACACUCAGAGGGUCUCAGCUCUCCACUGAUCAGUCCAGAGUCACCACCAAAGAGUUGUAAUCUACAGAGUGGCAAGCAUACUCCAGCUAUGUACUCUGGAUACCAACCACUCCACCUGCCUUCCUCAAACUCAGCAUUGCAGCAAGGGCCUCUCAGAAGGAUAACAUUUCCCAGGGACCUGGUGAAAACCUGUUUUCAAGGGUGGUGAACUGCAGCCCUGCACAUCAUGGGCUUUGGUUUUGAGCCUAAUGCCCUGCCUGUUAAGUGGCCGUUUGAAAACAACAUUUUGGGAACUCCAGACCUGGAGCCUUGGUUAAAGCGUCCUUCAGGGGUUCUGUGGGGAGAGCUUCAUGGAGCUGAAUUACAUCACCAGGCUUUUCUCCCCACGGUCAAGGGUUUCUGCUGUCCCCACAAGCAGUGAGUGAGAGCAGUCACAUCAACAGUAACAUGGGAGAACUUCAGAGUGAGACAAGAUGAAGGAUCAAUUUGAGAGUCGCAGGCAUUGGAGUUGCUGGGAUAAGUGUUUCUGGGAGGUGUAUCCACCUCAUACACCUUGUACUCCAGCCUCUGACCAUCUUAGUGGCCGCUGCUGAGUGCAUUCCAGUUUGUGGACAUCUCUCCUGUACCCGGGGAGCCAAAUCUUGUUCCUUUUGGUUCCUAUUGUUCCUCUUGGAACCAUCUUGUUGGAGAUGAUUCCUCUUAAUUCUUCUUGAUUCCUCUGUGAUCCUAUCCUAGCAGGUGUUUAACAAAAGCUGAUACAAGAUGUACAGGGUUGAGUGAGCUCUCAGUCAUCUCUCCUGUGAGCAGGGAGGGCAACAGUCUAUUUCCCGUGCAUCCUUAAAAGUGCUCUCAGGGCCAGCUUGUUUUGGGAAAACUUCUUACUGCUACCAGGUCUCCCUUUUUGCUCCUUUGCCUCCCACAAUCCCGGUAUUCUCCCACCUGUGUGACUACCAGAAGUGGUAUCUGCAGUGGUUGGUGCUGCAGGAGCUGCUUUGAGACCAGGGUCAGCUCUGUGGCUCGGCCAACAACAUGUUUGUCAAGCCUAGACAUGGCAACUCCAGCUGCUUUUCCUGGGCUUGCUUCUGCUGCGCUGGCCUAAAGGGGGCAUGCGACGAUCCCUUUUUGUCACCGUACAGGAUCCCAUCAGCCUGCAGCUGGGCUGGCUGUAGCACUUCUGCCGUUCUUUUGGAGUCUGGUUAGAAAUUGAGCCUUUGCGUGUGGCUAGCAGAAUAGAGAGGGACCUCCAAAGUGAAGCACCGGGUACGUGGCAUCCAGCUGUUGCGGGGAGGUUGUCCAGUGGCUGCUCUCCCUCCCCUCCAGCCCCCGAUGUGUACCAGAACUAGCUCAUUGCUUUGGGACACGUGGAAUCUGUGUGGUUAUCAGUGCUAUAGCCUGUUUUUAUUUCCAACAUCCUGGUGGUACUCACUGAGCUGCUGCCGACCUGAUGUGGACACCAGGAGAUGCAGCUGUGGCUGCCGUGGAGAAUGGGCCCCUUCAGUAUAGUACCUCAUGGUUGCAUACACCUAGAAUUUUCCCAUCUGCUUCCUUAUUCUGUCUGUUUUUUUACAGUGACAUCUCAACCUGUCCUCAAGCUGUGUCCUUAUUUUUCUCAUAGUCUUAUUAAGGCAUCUUUACCAUUCUUUAAAUAGCUUUGUUCUUGAGGCUCCCUUGAACAACUGGAACAACCAGAGCUGGUGUAACUAGCUCUGGGGAUUGAAUUUAACAUUUUCCUCCUUAGGCAUCAGGGAUGGUGAACCAUCUCCUUCUCCAGCAAAGCAAACCUUGUUGGAUUGCUGUGAUGCUGCUGUGCUUUGGUACCUGUCUUUCUUAAUACUCACAUAGCAUGUGUUGCUUAGAUGCAAGUUUCAGAGUUCCUUCUGGCGUCAUGGGGUUGAUUGAGAAGGUGAACCAUGGUAGCCAGGCUAUAUAGCAGCAUGUAAAUGCCACGAAGCUGCAUGGUGCACAACACAGUAUGGGGAUGUUCUUUCUGUGAAGAAGCAGUGUGCAGACUUCACCUGCCCCACAGGGUGGCAGGCGGAGAGGUCCUGGGCGCAGUGGGGCCCCAUGGAGCUGGUCACAGCAUGAGAGAAGGAACACGUUCCUUGAAAAGGUGAUCCAGGUCCACAUGGGAGUCAUCUUUGCAGAAGGAGCAACUUCCUUCAAACCUUGCCCAUGUUAGAGCAGCCUGAGUGGUGUAUCUGGAGGUUACUUGUAGAGAGCUGGUGUUGGGACUGGAGCUGUACAUCUCUGUCCCAAAGUGUUUCUGCAAAAGUGGGGGGGGGGGGGCAGAAAACACAGCACAUGUGCUAUGUGCUGCUGGCACCCUUCUGCCCCAGAAGAAUGACCAAUGGAGGGAACUGCAGUCCAGCAGCUCUCCCAGAGCCAAAAACUGGCUGUGAGCCAUGUCCCGUCUGCUGCGUAGGUCAGAGAGCUGGAGGAAGUGUUGGUGGGGUGAGUGUUGGGGGAGCUACAGCAAAUUUGGGGAGGAAAGGGGAGCUGUUGAGAGCCUGGAGGCCUAGCUCCUCUCCACCAUCCUUCCCUGCAACAAGAGGUGGCAGGUGAUGGAUGAGUGAACGUGGCAUGUCUGUCCCUUUCCCUGCGCCCCACACCAGAGCUCUGAGCCUGCAGUGCCCAGCAAGCCGAGGGUUCAUCCGGGCUGGAGGAGCACACGUCCUGCCAGCUGUUUUAUUUCCAAGAGGGAGGCUUAACUCUCUCCUGCUCACAGGAAGCCGAGUCCCAUGUGGGAUUUUCACUCACAUUGCCACAGAAACAUUCCUGGAGGCCAUGCAGGCCUCUGCUCCUUGUUGAACUUUCUCUGGCCAGGCAGACACCUUUUCUCUGGUCACUCCACUUGGGUCCAGGCACGUGCUCUGACCCCUUUGCUCGGGAGGGCUUUAGCUGCAUCCUUCCUCCGGGAGGGAGCACAGGGGAUUUUUUGCAGGCUGGGCUUCUCACAGGCUCAAAGUUGGAGAAAGGAGAAGCAGCAGCGACUCUGGGGAUAAUCAGGAUUUUAAAGAAAAUUUUAAAAAUACAAGUAUGGUGACUCUUCCAGACCAAGGACUCUGCACAGGCAUUUGAUUGGGAUUGUCUCUCUCGGUCCUACCUGUGCAUGCUCUUCACGGCUCUCCAGCCAGGGAAGGCAGGAGGAGGCUGCCGGCACCUGAAGCUCUUGCACGCAACCUGUUUGGUGGUGCAAGCCCCAGGACCUGCCCACCAUGCAGUUAACUCUCUUCUGCUGGUUGCUCAAAACUCAGGUAUGAAACGCUCAGCUGGAGCAUGGGCUGCGAGGUCUUUGCAGGUUUCCAACCAGCCCUGGAGGAAUGGCCACCACUGGGCUGCGACAGAGCAGAUCUCCCUCUGCCGCUCCAGACUUCUCAUCGCCUUUGGAGGGGGGGUUUCCUCCUCUUUGGUACAACAUUGGCUAAAUGGACAUUACACAAAUGAUGGACAUUACACAAAUUGUGCACAUUGGUUCAGUCUAAGCUUAGUAUUUGUGAAUUAAGUUAUCUGACGCUUCGCAUGAAAACUUCAAAAAGGGGAGGGGGGGAUUUUAACUGAGAAAAAGCCUAUGAAAAUAUACUGGAAAUAUGGUAAAGAAAUCGACGUUCUGCUGUAUAUUGACAGAAUUAUUUUUAUUAAAAUACAAAUCCAUGUGCAAGA